AUGACUAACAGAUGCAAUAACACCAACAGUAACUACUUUCAAGUGGAAUACAAAUGUGUCAAAGAUUAUCAGACAUUAAAUCUGUGUGAGAAUAAAUAUUUGACUGCACAAAGUGGUUAUAUUUCUACACCACGCUAUCCAAACAACCUGCACGGCCCUUUCAGCUGCAACAUGAAAAUUGAGGUCCUGGCCCAUCAGCAAAUUCAUUUACAUAUUAUUGAUCUGGAUUUAAAAAGUAAAACAGGAAGCAACUGCACAGACUAUCUGUACAUUGACCAGAUACUCAACAGUAUUACCCUGUGUGGCCGGAGAAGCAAUGAAAGAAUUGACACUUUACAAAAUGUAAUGAAUCUUAUGCUUACUGUAGGCAGCAAAGGAAGCCACAAAGGAUUGUGGCUUUAUUAUGAAGCUUUUCCUCCCUUACCUACAAGCACAACACCCAUGACAACAACAAUGAAAUUAAGUCUAAAAAAUUCUAAAUUAAGCAUAAGAAAUUCUCAGCAUUAUCACAGCCAACCGGAACAAGAAAAGGAAGAUUCUAUGAUUUUUGUUGCUGCUGUCGCAAGUGGAGUUAUUGGCACAUUAGUAUUUAUCUUGAUUGCACUGCUUGCCCUCCUGGUCUUCAAAAUUCAAAGAGAACGAAGAAUAAAAGAGAUGUACAUAUCUUCCACUGGAAGGAAUCGGGACAUGAAUCACAAAUCAAAAACACAAACUAUCUGUAACUGUGCUACUUUUGAUGUUUGA